CACUCGCAUUUACGCUGUUGUGUUCUUUACAGGAGGAACCGUCUGUCGUCUGACUGCUCUCGCCCCUCUUUCCUUUUUCCCGUUCCUCUUCUUCAGUCUUCGCCUGAAACACGCGCUCUCUCUCUCCCUAUAUAUAUAUAUAUAUAUAAUAUUCCCGAUACAUAUCUAUCUCUACAUGCAACAAUCGGAAUGGGCUUAUGCCUGUCUCGGAAGGCGGUGAAGAAGAAGCCGACGAAGCGGAUAUCGAGCCAGUCGGCGGUUACCCCUGGCGGCGGCGGCGGCGGUGUUGGUUCGAGCAGUCGAUGGACUCGAGUUCGGUCGGCGAAGAAGGAGGAAUCAGUGAUUCACGAGCAAGCUCUCGCGGCCGCGAUUCUGUUCCAGCAGCACCAGCACCUCACCGGCGGGGCGCUGCCGUUUGAUCGAUCGGCUUCGCUGCGGUAUCCGGCGCCAAGCUCCAAUAAGCAGCCGCCGUUGCCUCGGAGUUCGAGCUCUAGGGCGCGCUCCCUCACCGAUCCUCUGCUUCCGGCUCACCAGCUUGUUAAUCAGGAUGUAAGGCUUGAUGAUCUCGAGACCAACCAUUUUGUCCUUGUACAUGGAGGUGGUUUUGGUGCCUGGUGUUGGUACAAAACUAUAGCUCUUCUAGAAAGAGCUGGAUUCAAAGUUACUGCCAUAGAUUUGAUGGGUUCUGGAAUUCAUUCAUUUGAUACGAACGGCAUUACAAGUCUUUCUCAAUAUGUGAAACCACUUACUGAUUUUCUUGGAAAACUUGCUGAAGGGGAAAAGGUGAUCCUGGUAGGACAUGAUUUUGGUGGCACAUGUAUAUCUUAUGCAAUGGAGCUGUUUCCUUGUAGAGUCUCCAAAGCCAUUUAUAUUGCUGCCACAAUGUUGACUACUGACCAAAGUACCCUUGAUAUGUUCUCCCAAGAGUUUACAAAAUUGCAGCCAGCUUCAAAUGAUCUGAUGCAACAAGCUCAGAAGUUUCUGUAUGCAAAUGGGAACACUAACCCCCCAACUGCAAUUGAUCUUGACAAGUCACUAUUAAGGGAUUUGUUAUUCCACCGAAGUCCAGCCAAGGAUGUUGCACUAGCAUCUGUUUCGAUGAGGCCAAUCCCUUUCGCCCCAGUUCUGGAGAAACUCUCUCUUUCUGACAAGAACCAUGGCUCAGUUAGGCGGUUCUACAUAGAAACUCUAGAAGACAAUGCCAUUCCUAUCACAGUACAGGAAAGAAUGGUAAACAAAAGACCUCCUGAACGCGUGUUUUGCCUUAAAGGUGCUGACCACUCCCCCUUUUUCUCAAAGCCUCAAGCCCUGCACAAGCUUUUGGUAGAGAUCUCGAAGAUUCCACCACCUUAAUUACCCCCCGUUUGCGGGUCAUUAGCACAAGCUUCUGGUUCAUCAUUGACGUGACGAUGCAUAUACAUUAUAUAACAGCAGGAAUGGUCAGCCCUGAGCCAUCCCAUGGAGAGCCAUAUAUCUUCAGUUUCAAGUAUUUCUUUUGCAUUAAUUCAAAUGACUGUUGAUCUAAUUUGUUACUUGCAUGAUUGAUGUUCUAUAUUGAUGAAAUAAGGUGGGUGGGGAUGCAAUUUUUCUUGGGGGAAGAAGAAGGUAGCAUAUAUGUUUGAGGUAAUAAUGAGCGCAUAAUUAAUAAGUGCAUGGUUAGUUCACUUGCUUCUAUCUUAUCAUCUGAUUGAUGUUUUUGACUUGUAUAAAAGAAAGCCAUGAGUAAGAACAUGAACCCAGCUCUAGAAGCUUGUUGAAUUGAACAACCAGCUUGCUGAUUGGAUGCCCCCCACAAACACUGUUCAAGUUACCCAAAUGAGAGGAUGUUUGGCUUA